GUGAAGUCAAACCAGGCUACCCUGGACCAAAACGCGACCUCACCCCCAACGACAAUUGCACGUGACCACCCGUCAAGGCUCACUCAGGCACCUACCUACCUUGCCUAGCAGCUUUCUCUCCAACCUCUACGACACGUCGCACCCACGCCAACGCGCUCAACUACAAUGGCAUCGCCGUCGCCUCCCCGAGGGCGUAAUCGCUCGCGCUCCCGCACACGCACGCGCUCGCUGACUCCACGAUCCGACGCCUCGCGUUCGCCCGAUCGCCGCCGCCGCUACGACGACUCACGAUCCCCUGCCCGAUCGCCUACACCGGGCCGCCGCAACGACCGCUUCCGGAGCCGCACUCGCAGCUGGAGCCGAGGCCGCGACCGUGAUCGCGACCGCAGAGACCGCGGCGACUCCCCACAGACGAAGAGCACCAAGAUUGUGGUGGAGCGCUUAUCCAAGAACAUCAACGAGCAACACCUGUAUGAGAUUUUUGGCCAGUUUGGUCGUGUCAAGGACCUGGAUCUACCUAUCAACCGAAACUUUGGAACCAACCGCGGCACGGCUUAUAUCCUAUUCGACUACGAGGCCGAUGCGGAGGCGGCGAUUGCGCACAUGCACGAGGCGCAGGUAGAUGGCGCAACUAUCAACGUCUCCAUCGUGUUGCCCCGUCGCAAGCUCUCGCCUGCUCCCCCGACCGCCAGACGUGGCGCCAAUAUCGACCCCAGAAUCCCCUUCGCGGGGCCACGUGGGGGUCUUCUUGGAGCGGGUACUGGAGGCGCCGCGAAUGUAGCUGGCGGAGGUGGCCGUCGUCGUAUGUCGCCAGGGAACAGGUAUGGCCCAAGGUCGGACGUUUACCGGCCGGGAUCCCGCUCGCCCUCAAGAUCACCCGGCGGGCCGCCAGCGUCGCGCGGGGGUGGGAGUCGCUACCGCAGCCACUCAAACGGGUCCUACUCGUCGCGGUCGAGGUCGAGGUCGAGAUCGAGGUCGCCGGGGGCGCCAAGACGUCGGGGCGGCGGCCGACACGACGAACACGAGACGAGGCGUCGCAGUGCGAGCCGAAACAGCUACAGCAGCGACGGAAACAGAAGCCGAUCUCGUAGCCGGGGCCGAGGCCACCGGUGAGAUGCACCGGUCAGAGACUGGUCAGAGAUUUAUGCCAAGGUGUAUUUUAAAAACGGGAUUACGGGUGGCGUUCAACAAGGAAGACCAAACCAAACAAGGACGACCAGACAAGGAAGAUGGUCCUGUGGAAAUUUAUUUUAGCUCACCAAC